UUUAAUUUCUCUGGAAAAUGAUACGUAAUUUCCCAUCUUCAGGUUCAAGAAUUAGCAAAACGCCAUCGAAAUGUCAAUUUCAUUUGGCUAGAACCGAAGUCGUAGACGCUAUUUCUCUGCUCUCCGCGAAUGAAUUAGAUCUCUUGUUUCGCUUCGAUUUCCCCAGAAAUUAACACCCAUUUCGCUCCAAUUUCUUUCUUCCGAAUCACGAUAUACCCUUUUUCCCCCCUUUCUGUUACUGGGUUUUAGCGGGAAAGUAUGUCGGACGCCUUGAUCAAUGGAUUGUCCGGAGCUGGAGGAGGGAUCAUUGCUCAGCUCAUCACAUACCCUCUUCAAACUGUGAAUACCCGUCAGCAAACCGAGCGCGAUGUGAAGAAGGAGAAGAGGAAACUUGGAACAUUUCAACAGAUGUGCCAGGUUGUAAAACAUGAAGGAUGGGAGCGGCUCUACGGUGGCUUGGCGCCGUCUCUGGUGGGUACGGCUGCUUCUCAGGGUGUCUACUAUUAUUUCUACCAAAUAUUCAGGACCAAGGCUGAAGCUGCUUCUCUUGCACGAAUGAAGGCAGGGGUUGGGGAUGGAUCAGUUGGGAUGCUUUCCUCUCUUCUGGUGGCUGCCAUAUCUGGGUGUGUUAAUGUGCUGUUGACAAAUCCUAUAUGGGUUGUAGUUACACGAAUGCAGACGCAUAAAAAAAUCUCAAAGCCGUCUCUGCCUGCUGGAGCACCAUUGACUCCUGUAGAUGGAAUAAUUCAAACAGCAGUUGAUCCUCCAUCCUACAGAACCACUCAUGCUAUUCAAGAACUUUACGAUGAAGCUGGAAUCAGGGGUUUCUGGAAAGGAGUAAUCCCAACAUUGAUCAUGGUUAGCAAUCCUUCUAUACAGUACAUGCUGUAUGAAACAAUGUUGAGUAAAUUGAAGAAACGACGUGCCUUACGCAAGGAUGGCAAUGGAGUUACUGCAUUAGAGAUAUUUUUUCUCGGUGCCUUUGCAAAACUUGGAGCUACUGUAGUAACCUAUCCUCUUUUAGUUGUGAAGGCUAGGCUUCAAGCGAAACAGAUUGUAGCUGGAGACAAAAGACAUCAAUAUAAAGGCACAUUGGAUGCCAUCAUCAAAAUGAUCCGAUACGAAGGACUGUAUGGAUUUUACAAAGGGAUGGGCACGAAAAUCGUCCAGAGUGUUCUGGCUGCAGCUGUCUUGUUCAUGGUCAAGGAAGAACUCGUCCGGGGCGUCCGGUUCCUUCUUGCGAAGGAUGCAGCUGGUAGAAUAAAAUCAAAGCCUCAAUGAUCCGGUGAUUCCUAUAUGACUCAUUACAGGUCUUUAAGAAAGUUAUCCAAGCUUGCAAUUUAUCUCUUACUAUCUUUCUUAUACAGCUUAGUGCAGCAUUCUUUACCAAACGUUUAUAAAAUUGUUAGGAAAUUUAAUUAUGUCCUAGAAAAGAUAGGUAUAAGAUUUGGCCUGGAAAUUGCCAAUUGAAAUAUAUCAAUAUGUUAUAGCAGGAAUAUCUGAUUCAUGUGGAAUCUUAUUGUACUUAGAGAUUAUUAUAUUGUUACUCUCAGAUUAAUAAAUUUAUGAGGAUGACCAUUACCCUCCCAUUAUGUA